AUAGUUGACGUAUAAAGUGGGUGGAAAAUGGCUGAUAUAAAAAAUCGGCUAUUUUAGAUUUACUUUUGAAGUCUCAUGCACAAUUUAUAAAUUAGUUGGAUAGUUUGAAAACUCGCCAAAAUGAUUGGGGGUUUAUUUGUGUACAACCACAAGGGUGAGGUGCUUAUAUCAAGAGUAUAUCGUGAUGAUAUUGGCCGAAAUGCUGUCGAUGCGUUUCGCGUCAAUGUUAUCCAUGCUAGACAGCAAGUACGAUCACCUGUUACAAACAUAGCUCGAACAUCGUUUUUCCAUAUUAAGAGAGCUAACAUAUGGAUUGCUGCUGUAACCAAACAAAACGUUAAUGCUGCCAUGGUGUUUGAGUUCUUACUGAAAAUUAUUGAAGUUAUGCAGAAUUACUUUGGCAAAAUUUCCGAAGAAAACAUUAAGAAUAAUUUCGUCUUAAUCUACGAGCUUCUCGAUGAAAUCCUCGACUUUGGUUACCCUCAGAACACUGAUACAGGUGUUUUGAAGACAUUCAUUACUCAGCAAGGUAUUAAGUCGGCAACAAAGGAAGAACAAGCUCAGAUAACCUCUCAGGUCACUGGUCAGAUUGGUUGGAGAAGGGAGGGUAUCAAAUACAGGAGGAAUGAGCUGUUUUUGGAUGUUUUGGAGUAUGUCAAUCUCCUCAUGUCUCCACAAGGGCAAGUUCUCUCGGCGCACGUGGCCGGCAAGGUGGUGAUGAAGUCGUACUUGUCGGGCAUGCCCGAGUGCAAGUUCGGCAUCAACGACAAGAUCGUGAUGGAGGCGAAAGGCAAGGGCGGCAUAAGUUCCACGACCGAUUCCGAUCCGGCUAACCGGUCCGGCAAGCCGGUCGUCGUCAUCGACGACUGCCAGUUCCACCAGUGCGUCAAGCUGAGCAAAUUCGAGACCGAACAUUCCAUUUCGUUUAUACCGCCGGACGGAGAAUUCGAACUCAUGAGAUAUCGAACAACAAAAGACAUAUCGUUGCCAUUCCGCGUCAUCCCUCUGGUACGCGAAGUAGGUCGCACGAAAAUGGAGGUUAAAGUCGUCUUAAAGAGCAACUUUAAACCCUCUCUAUUGGGUCAGAAAAUCGAGGUUAAAAUCCCAACACCGCUUAACACUUCCGGAGUGCAGUUGAUCUGUCUCAAGGGAAAAGCCAAAUACAAAGCUUCGGAAAACGCCAUUGUUUGGAAGAUAAAACGUAUGGCCGGUAUGAAGGAAACGCAGCUCUCUGCCGAGAUUGAACUUCUAGAAACUGACACGAAGAAAAAAUGGACGAGACCGCCGAUUUCCAUGAACUUUGAAGUUCCAUUCGCGCCCUCUGGCUUCAAAGUGCGGUAUCUAAAGGUCUUUGAACCUAAACUCAACUAUUCUGACCACGAUGUUAUAAAAUGGGUGAGAUAUAUUGGAAGGAGCGGACUUUAUGAGACGAGAUGUUAGAUCAGAAUUGGUUUUUCUAGGUGCAUAUUUAUGCACUGCUUUAUAAAUAUUCCUUUAAAUUAAAUCGAAUUAAUAUAUUUAUCAUUUGUCCCAUGGUUUUUAGAUCUAGGCAAUUUAAUCCAUAUUUUUUUAAAAAUAAUCUUAAGUUUAAAAAUGUUAUAAGUACUCAUUUAAGAGCCUUGGUUUAAACUAGCUGUAAUUAUUGAUAUAAAUUUAUCUUGAUGUGGAGAAAUAACACAAGUUGUAGAAAUUAUAUGUAUAUUUGUGAAAUGUAAUGUUAAAGCUUGGAAAUGUUGUAGCCCAAUAAAUUAAUUAAAGUUU